CCUUGCCCCAUACAAAAAAGAUAACAUGCAAUGAUCUCCUCUAGUGUACGCGAUGUUCCUUGAUUCCUCGAAAAGUGAGCAGAAAUACUUCUAUCCAAAGAACCGUGCGUGUAUAUAGUACUUACCACGAUACAGUGAAACCCUGAAAGAACCCCAGCAAGCUGAAGUAAAGAAAGAAAUUAUUCCCCGUCGGCCCUGCAGCUAAAAUUCGAGGCGCUUGGCGUCGGUGCAGCGCACAGAGCAGAUGAUUUCAUCCGCUCAGCCUCCUUCGGUCGGUGGUAUCUCGUUGUUAUGGUACCGUGCGCUAGGGCACGGCAGAAGCAACAACCGCCCAAUCACUGGUGAAAAUAAUCGCAUUUCGUGAAGCAAAAUCACGCACACAUUACACACAUUCUGCACAAUCGAUGUGUGUGCGCGUAAAUUACUUCUGUUUGUACCAGCAGCGAGCUUUGAAUGGUAAAUAAUCGAUCCUCUGUGCUCUCUGUUCGUGAAAAUCGUGUGUAGUGAAAAAUCGGUAACCCAAAAGUAAGAAGGAAAGCAAAACAAAGUAUACGGAGUAACGCGUGUGUGCUCUCUUGUUCGCUGGGUGUGAAUGUGUGAGUGUAUGUGCCGUUAAAAAUUGGUCAUAAAUGCUCUCACGGUGGUGAAAAUUUUCUUCACGAAAUUGACGGCAAGAAAAACCACCCCAAGAGCGAGCAGGGAAACCUCGUCAAACAGCAGAAAAAUACGAAAAAAAAGUGAAGGGGUUGCUGGCUACCGCACCAGAAUCAGGUGGUGGAACGAAUCGACGUCAGACACGGGGCACCGAAUAGUCAAAAAAGGAGUCACCGUGCUUGGUUUUUCUUUAGCGGAAAGAAAAUAUAAGCACAACCUAUACUAGCCGCCGUCGCCACUAGUCUCGCCUCGUAUUUUUCGCAAAUAUAUGUGUGUUGCACGUGUUGUGUGAGAGUGUGGGUGGAUUGACCAAGUGAGGUGAGGAAGCGUGGGAAAAUCGAGCCAAAACACACAUCCUUCAGUGCGUUUCAAAGGAUACAGCAACAUCACACAUAUCUCCCGUGUCAGCUGUGUGCGCACAUGUGAGAGAGAGAGAGCGAGAAAGCGUGAGUGUGUGUUUUGAUAGAAGUUGUCAUCUUUCCCCGUCUGUGCCGAAGGAAGCGAAUAAUAAUCCAAGGAAGCCACCGCCGCGCUUGAGGCUGCUGCAUCAAAAUUGCACUAAAUUAGAAAACAGGAACGAAGCGCACAAAAGUGAGCCGAUAAAACAGAAUAGAAAAAAAUGCACAAAUCAAUCGACUGGAAUAAUUUACCUCUGUUUCGGUUGUAACUACUGCUGCACAAUCAUCGCCCAUCGUACAAUCAUCGCACACCAAACCGGCACACAUUGCAUUUCGUCAGAAAAGGGAACAGUAUCAAUCCAAACUGGCUGCCUCACAAUGUGGGGCCAGGAUUCCCCUGAGCCCCAACACUCAGGCGACAAUCGAAAAGCAUUUGCCAGGGCUGCCAAGCAAGCGAUUGCUUAUGCAGCAGGCCUCUAAAAUCACGGAAAAACGAGACGUUGGAUGCAUAACGGAAGUAUGCAGCACCGACGACUUACCCGAGGUGGAGAUUUUCUCCCUACUCGAGGAGCAAAUCCCACGAUACAAGAUCCGGGCGGAUACGACCACCACAUUCGGUGGCUACGAAAAUCAAGACUGGUUCGUGCAGUAUCCAGCGCUACCGAUACCGACGGAGGGGCUUGGUUUGACGACGGAGCAGACGCGAGAAGCGCUAAACUAUUUCCUCCUAUGCGGUAACCGAGUGAGCCAAAUGACCCGCGCGUACGACGAUAUAGAUGCCGUAACGCGCCUGCUGGAAGAGAAAGAGAAGGACCUCGAGCUGACGGUACAGAUUGGCAAGGAGCUACUAGCGCAGAAUACGCAACUCGAGAACCGUGUCGCCGAGCUGGAGCAGGAGUUGAAAACGACGAACGAGAACAGGGCGCAGCUCUCGCACGAGCUGCAUCAAAAGAUCGAGCUGAUCGGGAUACUGACGAACGAUGCCGACGAUACCAGUGAGAAUGUCACACCGACGGCAUCGAAGUCGAUCAACCUGGAGCUGCUGCAGCGGAAGGUUAAGCAGUUGGAGGACGAAAAUAAAUCCCUGCGAACCGAAACGGCCCAGCUAGUGAAGGAAACGGACGAGUGCGAGGAGCAGGAACGCAGGCUGAUGGCGGAUAUCGCGAACCAGCUUACCACGGCCAACAGCGAGUUUGAUGGUUUGAAUUUGGAACUUGAACGACUGAAGGAAGAAAACCGAUUGCAGCAUGAACAGAUCAUUAGCCUUACGGGGCGGCUCGCGGAAGCCGAGAUACGACUGCACCAGUUGACAUCCGAGAACGAGGAGGCGUCCUCGCUGCUAAGCAUCACCAAAGAAAACCAAAACCUGCUCGCCGGUGAACUGGCUGAGUUUAAGCUACGCUACCAAGAGGUGCUAAAUCUGCUGCAGGAAACGCAGGAGCAACUACGCCGUCAGCGGAAACGCUCGCAACCGCUUGCCCGUAGUUCACUCAUUCCAGGCAUUACGGGCAUGCCUGCCGCACCCGAUUCGCUUCAAUCGGAGCUGAUGGAAACCUCGCUGUACUCGGAGCACAGUCUUGAUUCCGGCAUUGAUUCGGUGCGCGGAGGGCUCGGUGGUGGUGGCGGUGUUGGCGGUAGUUCCAUUAUGGGCGGUUUGAUGUCUGCUACUGGCACACAACAAGUGCCCGCCUAUCGGAAGGUAUUCGAAACCGUGCGCUCUGCUAGUCGAGCGAAUCCGAACGGGUUCAGUGAUAGUUUCUCGCAGCUCGGAUCGAUGACGAUGAGCUCUUCCUCGCAGCCACGGAUGGCCCCGUACGUGUAUCCUGGGCUGGGUGGCACUACUGGCAACAAUAUGGGUGGCGGUAACGCCGGCAUUACAACGAUGACGCACUCGUACAAGAGCGGUUCCUCGGUGUACAGCACAAUGUACGGUGGAGGUGGCAGCUCGCUCGGUGGACGUUCGUACUCGCGCGAAAGUCUUACGGCCGAUUCCGAGGAUGGUUAUCCGGGCCCGGCACAGACCGGCAUUCCGGGUGCACCGGGAGCGAAGGAUCUGGAGGCGGCCCUGAAGCGUCUGACUCCGGCCGAAGUGCUCGCUAGGCGUGCUAUGUUGCAGCACGCACCACUCGGCACGUACAGCUACGACGAGCAGCCGACGGGUAUACCGCUCGGAUGCCGCACACCGGACAGUAUUAUGUCGACCGGUUCUUCGGGACUAUCGGGCCUUUCGUCAUCGGCAACGGGUAGCGGCAAUGGACAGUGGCGUCUUCCGGAGAAGCUGCAGAUAGUGAAACCGAUCGAGGGUUCACAAACGCUUCAUCACUGGUCGCGACUGGCGACACCAACGCUGAGCGGCCUGCUGGAGGAGCGACCCGGCGUUACGAUACGGGGAGGCCGCGGGCUGGAUGAGCUCGGGCUACAGACCUACUCUCUGUCCGAUGUUGAAGAAGACGAAGAUACGGAAGAUCACCCUGGCAAGCGAUUCCAAUCGUUUGGCUGCACUUACACCUACACCAACAGCACCGUACUGCAUCCGGACGAUGGUACCGCGGCCGUUACGUUCAGUUUGCCACCCUCCCAAAUGUCCUCCCAGAUGGCGUCCGAGUGUCCAACGCGUCAACCGACCGCUCCAUCGACACCUCGCUCGAGCCUAUCGCGUCGCAAUUCGUGCUCGACGUUCAGCGUGAACAUGGGACUAGCGUCGAUGUUGAACGAACGGGGCAUUAAAGCUGUCACACCCAGUGCACUUAACACGCCCGCCGGGCCCAACUUUUCACCCACAGUGACACCAUGCAAUAGUCCUGAUGGGUCAUCCACUCGUUCAAUGUCACCAGAACCACCUCUUCUGUCCGGUUUGCUAGCAUCGACGGCUGACAUUCUGCGCAAGCGGUUCGUUGCCUCGACCAGCAAUAAUACGGCAGCAGCCCACGGUUCCGCCUCCGAUCUCGCCGAUCGUCCGUCGCGAAUAAUAUCCCGCAACAAGGUCGCGCUGUCUCGGCUGGAAAAGAAAGCCCUACGCUCCAUCAAGAUCAUGGAAAAGGUUGAAAGUAUUGGGCUGGAAAAUAUUAUGCUCCCACCCCAGCAUCCACCGGGCAUCAGUCCGCUGGCAUUGCACGGUACUUCGGCGCUCUACACGGCGGCAUCGACCGGUCGUGGUCGUAGCCCGAUGGCACAACUGACCAGCCUGAAGCACCUACAGGACCAGCGGCGCAAACAGCAACACCAGCAGGACGAUCUCGUUACGAUCGAUAAGGAAACGAUCAAAGCCGUACUAACGAAGGGACUGUCGCAUGACAGUCUGAAGAGUAUGGCUUCGUCGUCGGGUGCAAGCAGUGGCAUCAGUACGGCCAUGUCCUCCGAUUCGGACAGUUCGUCCGUCGCAAGCUUCGAAUCGGAACCGCGAACGAAGGAAACAACGGGUAACUCUACAUCGGCCACAGCUUCACCAACGACAGCGGCACGACUGAAGCAGAUGCAACGGCAAAAAUCGCGCCGCAAUCUUCUAAACGGUGCCAACGGAGGCUCCCAGCGGCCGGAUCUGGGCACGGUGAACGGCUCUAGCCGUCCCGGUGUACGACCCGAUCUCGGCACCGUGGCUGGUAACAAACCGGCAGCAGCCGGCAAGACGUCCAGUAGCGGCAAGGACAGUCGAAAGAACCAGCAGCAGCAAUUACCGACGACGACGGCAGCCGCAACUACACAAUCUACCGCCAAGGAGGAGAGUCGUUCGCUUGGUCAGAGCGUGUACGGUACGAUCAGCUCCCUGCUGUUCGGACGCAAGGGUGGUUUGCUGUAAAGGAGUGUGCGGCUCCUGCCGGAGAGAGACAGUAGACACAAAGGACCAGCAAAAUGGGAUAGUCCAUAUCCUGUUUAUAGUAUCCAGCGAGCCACGUCGUUAAUCCACCUUUUUGAUUUUAACAACCGAUUGUUUCCUAUUGCUUAGUGGCGUGUCGCAUCGUAACUUAAGUUCAGUUAUUUCUACCAAGUUUUAAGUAUCGCUCCCGUACAUACAAACACUAGCACACACAUUAAUCACCCACAAUGGCCGUUGACGAAAAUUAAUUCUUCUUUCUUCACUCCAGGGCCUGCCAUGGCUAUAUUUUGUGGUAAAAGCGCGCGCGCAAAUCCAUUCAAGUUUUUUUUUCUCAAUUUUGGGGAAAAAAAGAAUUCCUAAAGGAAGAUGCCGACCGCCAACGAAUGAUGUUGCCUUUCUUAUCUGUUUUCUCCCCUUCAUGAUUUGUAAAGCACGAAAAGUGGAGACCCUCGAAUACACUGCCGUCGCCACUGUUGCUGUUAGAUAGAACAAUUUUCAGUAUUUUUAAGUUUCAUGGUGCUUCUUUCGUUUGUGGCGCUCCGCUCCUGUAGCGAAGAGUAUUAGCAGCUUCAAGUAGAAUCGAACAUUCCGGCGUGUCCUAGAGCUCCAUCACGCCACUAAGCCCGUCGCCCGCCCAUUAUGACGGAAUGGUAACUAAGUGUAGAAGUUUGUUAAACUUAUGCCAUUUAAACAUUUCAAGCUUUUUUUUUCCUUUUUUUUGGAAACAUCGCCACCUACAUCGCACAGCCUGCUUUGUGACUAUGUUUCAAUCACAGAUGGUGGUUUGGUGGUAUCCGACUUUUCGUCGCUUGCUCUGAUAAAAUAUAAUGGCACAUCAAGGGCGUUUUGCUUGCCGCGCAUGGUUCACUGAAAACAUUUUUUACACAUCACACGGCAAUAAUUAGCAGGAGUGUUGUAGAAUUAAUUUAACUCUUUUUUAUUACCAAUUAAAGUAUCCUGUUUAUUUGUUCUAGUCCAAUCAACAACGAAUAUCCAUUUUCACCCUUUUCUACAAAAAAAGGGGUUUACGUUCUAAUACACACCCAUCUGUGUCUGCCUCCUUGCAAUACAAUUUCCUCUCCGUCAAGUCGAGUAACAUAAAAUGCCCAACUAACCCCCUACAUCAUCCACGUUGGUUCAUGUCCCGGUUCCGAACCUUUCCCAGGAAAAGCUCGUGCAAACCCAUAGUUGGACAUACCGAUUGUUAAGAAAAAUGUUAACAAGCAGCGCGAUAAAGAACAACGUUAUUAUGUUUGCCAUCGGUUCUCAACUCUUUAUCUUAAGCUUUUGAUUGGCCAACUAUUUACCAUUCCCUCCAUCUGCUGAGGUGAGGCCUAAAGCGAGUGCCGCCGCAGUCUAUAAUAAAACAUCAAUUUCUGAAAUAUAUCGCGAAACACGAUAUAGCUUUCUAUAGAACCUAACUAUGCAAUUUUUAACCUGCUUCUUCUGGCACCGUGCUUGUGUAGAGUGGUAGUAUACACAACACCAACCAUUAACCGUUAACUGAUAAAUGGAUGGGAGGGAAGUAUUGCAAAGGAGUGGGACAAAAUAAUUUUCAAACAAAUGUUGCGCCCUAAAACUAGCGAAUUUGAAUCGUAUCUGUACUUUGCAGGAUUUUUUUAUGUUCAUCACUCUUUUCAUCCUUUACUCACUUUACCCACGCACGGUAAUGUAUGCUGAUAAUUCAUUUUCAUUCAAAAUAGAGCGAGUGGAGAGAGAGAGAAUAAUAGAGACAGAUCAAGUAGGCCGAUCGGUAGUUAGUUUUCCGUAUGUUUCUGUUUGUUAGUGGCUGAAGCGAACAUACGUAGACUAGAUAGAAAACAGGAACGGACAAAGCUAAGCUUGUGCAGAGAGCUUUAACAUCUUUCCAUGUACAAGGGGGAAGGAAAAAAGAGCUGAUUAGAAUGCUGUAGAAUGUCGCUUCACUAUAACCACUAUUUUCACUAUUUUCUAUUGUGUUUACUGCUGAAAAGGAAAAUACGCACAUCAAAAAUCGCGCGGUAAAAUGAUAACGUGAUGAACGGUCGAAUAUCAGAAUGGUUUGUUUGCAAGGUGCUGUGAAACGAGUGGCGACCGACCCCUAUCGAAGAAGGCGUGUUACGAACCGAAUGCAAAGGCUAUGUGAUGAGGAAGCAUGAAUGUUGAAUCAACAUCUGUUUGUUGUUAAGAGAGCGAAAAAGCAGAGGCCUUUUCAAGUGUUUGUGUUUGUGUAAAUAAGAGUGAUAAUAGUGAUGAUGGGCAAGGCUAUAAUACACCCAAGACAAGCAAUCCGGGAAAACGUGUCGUGCUCCAAAAACGUUAAAACCCAUGGUGGAUAAGACGAAAACCUAAAGAAGAAGCAAACAUUUUAGCAGAGAACAUCUUAAACGAAACAAAUUAUUUGCUACUGCUAUGUAGAUAAUUAUGCAAACUAGUGGAAAACAAGCCGAUUCACAAAACCCAUAUACUAUAAAGCUAACAAACGGGGGGAGAAAUGCAGCCGUGUGGGCCACUCGUGCACACACGACGACCCCCAUUGUUGCAGAAUAGCUGUAACGAGAGAAUGGUUAAGUAUUUAUUUUUAUAUAGAACGAAAAUGGCAAAAUAAAGAUAUGAAACAAUUAAAUGAAAA